CCUCGCUCUCUUCUCCACUCCCUCGCUCAGGUGGAGAGUGGGCAACUUGGCGCCCCCGUCCCUCCUCGCCUCUGGUUCCCUCUCCUCCCGCCCCGCGCCUCCGCCUCAUCAAGAUAAGCCAUGGGGAUGCUCGCCGCCGCAGCAGCCUCCACUCUCCUCGCCUCGCCACAGGCGCCCGCCGGCCGCCGGCGCGUCUCCGGAGCGUGGACGCUGCGCCUGAGGCCCGCCGCCUCCCCCGGCGCCGGCACGCUCAGGCUACACAAUUUUGUCCCAAAGUGUUACAUUACAAAUAUUGAGGUUGAUGUUAGUACUGUAAGUAAAGAAGAGGAUUUUGAUGAUCCACCAUCACUGCCGCCAGGAUGCUCCAUUCCGGUUGUUAAUCUUUGUGGAGAUGUUCUAGAUUCUAGUCCUUUUUCACUGCAUGAUAGGGCCUCCUGUCCUUCUGAUUUUGAAGAGCUGCCGGUCUUGUCUGAAGGAGAGCAACAUACUUUGGCCUCCACUCCAGCUCAUCCUGCUGGACUAUACGCUCUAUAUGCUAGUUACUUAUUUGGUAACUUGGUGGAACAACUGUGGAAUUUUGCUUGGCCUGCUGCACUGGCAAUUCUUCAUCCAAGCCUAUUGCCUGUUGCUAUUGUUGGUUUCUUCACAAAGCUUUCAGUGUUUAUUGGGGCACCAAUAGUUGGCAAGCUUAUGGACCAUUUCCCUCGAAUACCCAUGUACACAGCAUUGAAUGCUGUGCAGGUAGCCACUCAGUUGAUAUCAGCUGCAACGGUCAUCUAUGCUCUAAAAAAUCUGAAACAUGCUUCUACAACAGCUGUGGUUCUGAGACCUUGGUUUAUUGCACUAGUGGCAGCUGGAGCUAUUGAAAGGCUUGCAGGAUUGGUGCUAGGAGUUGCCAUGGAGCGGGAUUGGGUUGUCUUGUUAGCAGGAACAAACAGGCCCGUUGCACUAGCUCAAGCAAAUGCUGUGCUUAAUCGACUUGAUCUAAUUUGUGAGACAGUCGGUGCUUCAGUUUUUGGCCUACUGCUAUCGAAAUACCAUCCUGUGACCUGUUUGAAGAUUGCUUGUGGUCUAAUGAUAUGCAGUUUCCCUGUUCUGGUUAUGUUGGGUCAACUAAUUAACAGAGUCUCAUGCCAUGCACUUGAUUCCUCUAGAACUGCCACUGAUGAAUCUAUUUGUAUUGAUCUGUUAGAUGUACGCAAGUUAGUUCAAAAUAGUUUGAGUGCUAUCAAGCAUGGCUGGAAUGAGUAUAAGCAGCAAACAGUUCUACCUGCAAGUGCAGCUACUGUGUUUCUAAAUUUCAAUGUUGCACUUGCCCCGGGUGCCAUAAUGACUGCAUUAUUAAUGCAUCGUGGUAUUAGUCCGUCCAUUGUUGGUGCUUUCAGUGGACUGUGUUCUGUCAUGGGCCUUGUUGCAACAUUCAUCUCCUCAAGCUUGAUUAAAAGAGUUGGAAUUCUAAAGGCGGGAGCUGCUGGAUUGAUAUUUCAAGCUUCACUCCUGUCCGUUGCGCUCACAGUGUAUUGGGUCGGUUCAAUUUCGCAAAGGACACCUCUACUUAUAUUCCUAGCAUCCAUUGCACUGUCUCGGUUGGGCCACAUGUCUUAUGAUGUUGUCGGGACCCAGAUCGUCCAAACUGGUGUUCCUGCUUCAAAAGCAAAUCUAAUUGGAGGAAUGGAGGUUUCAAUUGCAAGCCUUGCAGAGUUAGUCAUGCUUGCUAUGGCUAUUGUUGCGAAUGAUGUCUCCCAUUUCGGCUUCUUGGCAAUCCUGUCUGUGUCGUCAGUUGCUGGGGCAGCGUGGAUGUUCUGUCGGUGGUUAACAAAUCCAACAGAUGAGCAGAGGGAACUCUUCAUGUUUGAUCCCCUUUACCAAGUUCAAGCAAUACAGUAGAUGAUGCAGGAUACUCCCAACACAGCUAGGAAAACUGCAGGCGCCUACUUGGCUGAUGGUGUUUGUUGGAUCUGCAAUACUCUUACGAUUGAUGUGAAUAUAUGCUGUGACAUUUAGGUUCGAUACAGCAUACACUUAGGACAAAAGCAUUUGCUCCUCUUAGUCUCAGCCACGUGCAGGAUUCAAUUUGUAUACACUCUACUUAAUUCAUCUCCCCACCUGUACAGUACAUAUACGAUCUGUUUAAACAUUGCUUGUUGUAGCUGAUGUAGAACAUUAACAGUCAACUGUAGUACUGAAUAGCAUCUAACCACCUCUUCUUUCCUCACUGUCCCCCUCUGAUGCUGCAAAUGUGUAACAGUGUAACUAGAUCUUAUUAAGUGAAUGCACUGUCUUCUUUAUUCUGUCCA